AUGUCGGAAAAACAGCAAAAAAUAUCAACGUCUUCUACUUCUGCUUCUUCAUCGAGAACAUCCAAAAGAAAAAAUCAACCAGAAAAUAUAAAUCCUAUUGGUGAUACUGAGUACAACAUGUUGAUACUCCAAAUAAAAAACGGUGCACCUAGAACACCAGACGUAUUGAUUCAGGAACAACUACCAACUCACUAUACAAUCAAUCAAAUUCUCGGCAGUUAUCUUGACUCGCGCUCAACAAAUCUGCAAUUUCAUUUUGAUCUUGUAGAUAAAAUAAAAGAGUAUCUGAACGUUCACUCUGAAAGAGUAUUAUAUCCUGUAGAAUUAGUUGAAUGGAGAAAGUUAAAGAAAGUUCAUCCAGACAUUGAUUUUACCACCAUAUAUGGUGGACAGCAAUUGCUAGAACUAUUCCAUAAAUUACCGUGGAUUUACAUGUGCGAAAGAAAUUUUAGAAAGAACCCCGCCUUGCAACAAUUUUCUCAACAGAAAUUUGUUCAGGUAUCGGGAGAAAAUCUUCUAAAACAAGAUAAUUUAGUGGAAUUGUAUAAAUUCCUGGAAGACAACAUAUGUACGUACUAUGUUUCUGCCUGA